CUCAUGCCAGCUGUGGAGGGCCGGGUGGGAGUCAAGCUGUGGGUUGUGUGGCUAGCGGGCGUGAUGGGCGUGCUGGGCGUCGUGGUGAGCGUGGCCGUGGGCGUCUACCUCAUCAGGAAGUAUCGGGAGAGAAAAUGGGGGAGGUGCACCAGUACGAGACGUCUGGAUGGCAAGGUGGUGGUGGUGACGGGGGCUAACUCUGGCAUCGGCAAGGAGGCGGCGCGGGACCUGGCAAGCCGCGGUGCCCUGGUGGUGCUGGCCUGCCGGAACAAAGAGGCAGCACUGCAGGCUGUCAAGGAGAUCAGGACCACCACAGGCGACGGAGAGCUGAUCGUCAUGGAGCUGGACUUAAGUGAACUAGCCUCAGUGCGCAGCUUCUCCUCGUCCCUCCUUGACAAGUUCACCAAUAUUGACAUCCUGGUGAACAACGCUGGCCUUUACAUCCCGCCUGGUGAGGGAGCAAAGACCAAGGACGGGUUUGAGGUCCACUUCGGAGUCAACCAUCUGGGACACUUCCUGCUCACCCACCUACUGCUGCCACGCCUUCAGGAGACUGCUGGUUCUAGAAUUGUGACAGUGGCCUCAUCGCUCUACAAGUACGGGAAGAUUGACCUUGACGACCUGGAGUCCAAGAACGGCUACGACGAGAAGCAGAGGAACGCUUUGUACGCCAACUCAAAACUGGCCAACGUUAUGCACAGUCAGGAGAUUGCUAGGCGAACUGCUGGUACUGGUGUGAGGGCCUUUGCUCUGUGCCCUGGCUUUGUGUACACGGGGCUCUUCAGGUACUCAACAGGUAAUAUGAGUGCUCUACGGAAGCUGCUGUUCGCUCCCAUCAUGUUGUUCUUCAUGAGGAAUGCCAAGCAGGGAGCCCAGUCCAUCAUCCACUGCACUGUGUCUGAGGAACUGGACGACAAGGAGUGGACCAUGGUAGCUGACUGCAAACCAACGCCAGUCACUGCAGUAGCCCAGGACCCAGACACUGCCAGAGCAUUGUGGGAGGUGUCACUGGCUAUGGUAGAGGCAGGUACGGCAGGGAAGACAGUGGCAGGGAGCAGUGAGGAGGCUGUGGCAGGGAGUGAGGAGACCGUGACAGUGGUUGAAGGACAGGGUGAUAUAACAGUAGAAGAUUUGCUAGGCUUUGAAAACGUGACAAAAUCCAUGAUAGAGGUUUGUGAGGGUACGGAAACAGAGGCCACAGGGGUGACAGAGGUACAGGGGGUUGUGACAGAGCAGCUUGUGGAUGUAGCAAGCUCUUUACCCACAGAAACCACCAUAGAGGAUAAAAUAAACACAAACAAAGCGGAGAAAGCAAUCGAGAAGGUCACUGUAAAGAUUGACAAGCCUGUAGAGGUCACAAAGGUCACAGACAGUUUAGUUAGCACAGCAGGACCCCUGAAAAGACCCCUGCUGUUUCUAAUGAGCCUGCUGUAGUGAAGUCAGCCACCUCUGUCACUGAAUCCAGCCCCAAGAAAGUAGAGGCAGUGGCAGAACCAGUUAGGAAGGUUGAAACAGUGCCAGAACCUUCCAAAACAGUCCCACAGCCUUCCAAAAUCCUAGAACCUUCCAAGAUAGCCCCAGAACCAAACAAAACAGCCCCAGAACACCCCAAAACAGCCCCAGAACCCCCCAAAACAACCCCAGAACCCCCAAAGUUACUAUUAAGACUCCAGAACCAAUCAAAACAGCCCCAGAACCAGUCAAAAUAGCCAUUAAGACCACAGAACCACCAAAAACAGCCCCAGAACUAAUCAAAACCACUCCAGAACUCCCCAAAACUACUGUAAAAACCCCAGAACCUUUGAAAUCCACCCCAGAACCCCACAAAACCACCCCAGAACACCCCAAAACCUCAAUCACGACCUCAGAACCACCUAAAAGUCUGAACCACCAGUAGAACCCACUAGGCAGCCCCCAGCCACCCCAGAACCCUCUAGACAGAUCGAGAAGGGUUCCGAACUGCCUAGAGCGUUGGAUCAGGGGGUUUCCAAGGCUCUAGAACCACAGGGAGGAAUGGAAAGACAGACGGAGAUUAAGAGUGGUUCUGUUAAGGGUUCAAGUGAUGGGAGGGUGAAUGUAGGAGCUGGGAUGGGACUAGGAAGAGAGGUGGAAGAGGAGGAGGAGGAGGAAGAGGAAGAGGAGGAUGAGGGCAUUGAACUUAAUAAUGGAGGUAAUGCUAAUAGUUUGCAGGUUGAGGAAGAGGAGGAGGAGUCAGAGGAGGAGGAGGAGGAGGAGGAAGAGGAAGAGGAGGAGGAGGAGGAGGAUAGUGAAGAGGAAGUAGUAGUAGCAGAU